UCUUACCUACACACCACUACAUACUACAACACGUCAAAUCUUACAUUACCCGUUACCACAACUAUAACCUACAUAAUAGGAGUUGACUCGUUGAACUCUUUUCUCUCUUUAUCACUCUAUCUCUCCACCUGCCUUUACUAUACUCCACGUCCAUUUCGCAUUACUAACUUAACAACGCUUGAGGCUUUGAUAAUCAUCCAGUUGCGCCUAGUUUGUAAUUGGAUGUCUAGUGUCAAUGCUGUUUAAACCUACUGGCCGAAGUAAAUUUUCAUUCUUAAAGCCGAACUUUCAAGCGCAACCUUAUACUACCCCCUUCGCGUUCGCCAUCGCCGCUCUCAUUUGUUAUUGUUAAGUAGGGAGGUUAGCAACUACCUACGACGCGACGUUGCUACGGCACGCCUCCCUCGCUGGGGUCUUGCAAUAGACCUCUGUUACGUCGGCAACACUACUUUUACUGGAAUAUAAUAUUUGUUAAACACUGAGUUUAAAAAGGAAAGCCCAAAAACCCCCAAAAAGCAAAAAUGGCGACGGAACAUCCUCGACCUGCGUCGCAGAAGCUCCCGCUGGCUACAGUUUUAAACGCACCCGAAGAGAAUCGUGACUCGGCAUAUUACUCAAAGUAGCCGGGUUCGCUAACUGUAACCUAUCCAUAGACACUUCGGCAGCGUCAGGUAUAAUGGGGCUCAGUGUCUACCAUUCCGUGCAAGAAAAGACCCCAUCUCCGACUACUACGACUUUAAUCCCUCAGCCACUAGUAUCCCCCGCAAGUAACAUGAGCGUAGCAUCAAUGGUCUCGCCGACAUCCCCAGGCAAUGGACGUUUCGACCGACCUCAAUCGUUGGACUCUAUACAGGCUGGUUUGACGAGCGCUGGAUCAGAAUCGCGGCGGGAGAGCGUGGAUAGUAGGAUUAAUCAGGGCUUUGGAGAUAUGAGAUUGGGCAAUUCACCUUACGCGAGCCAGAAUCAGUCGACAACUUCGAUCCAGGGCAGUUUAGCACAACAGCGGAACCCCCGCGUGGGAAUGGACCAUCUAUCCGUACACAGAAUAUCCAAUGGGUAUCAACCGAACGUCGAGCGCACUCCCGAAGGCCAACAUGGUACUAAGACAUCCCGAACUGCCCCUGCCAUCACUGGUCCUGCUACGAGCAGUGUUGCUAGGGCAGCAGAACCAACGAAGGGCCAAGCCUGGGCGUUCCCGGAAGAGGAGAUACAACGGUUACCUUCUUCGCUUGGCAAUCAUACAUUUUUCGACUCAAGGCGGAGCAGCAUUGCCGAUUCAAUUGCUAGUAGUCAGUUCACCACCGAGUCUCGGCUACCUCCUGGGCAACGGCGACUCGACGAUGGCCUAGGGCCGGAUUUCCAACAAACGAUCCACCACCACACCCUUCAACACAAGCAGCUUUCGGACAUUCAUAGUGAGGAAUCCAGUCCACAUAAUGGCAAUCAACCAUAUAGUAGAACCCCUGAACUUCGACAGAGUCAUAAGUUGGCAGAGCGGAAGAGGAGGACAGAGAUGAAGGAGUUGUUUGACCAGCUGCGCGAUUUGAUGCCGCAGGAAAGAGGGUCUAAGGCCUCCAAGUGGGAGAUUCUAACAAAGGCUAUCGCCGAACAUCAAAAGCAAACAGAUACUAUCAAGAAUAUUUCGGGGCACUAUCAAAAUGCGAUGCAGGAAUCCGAAAUGCUGAGACGGGAGUUGGAAAGGAUGCGCAUGGAGAAUGCGCAGCUUCGAGGAAACUUGCCGGCCUUACCGCCAAACCAAGGCCCAGCAAAUCCACCCAUACCGUCACAACCCUCCGGGGACCCCUAUGCACAAGAUCCGUAUGGAAGAGCACAGCGACCAGAGUUACCUCCUCUACGAGCACUUAACGCCCCAGAGUCUAUGACGGGUGUCCAGUACGAGGGGCAAAGGCCCAAUGGAUUUCGUUCGGAUCGGUUUUAAGGGGCAAACGACCACAAUCACUUAUAUUUCCUUUAGUUGUAAACGUUGUCAUACUGGGAGCGGCAACCAUCAAAAGUAGAAUAUUCCAGGGCGUUAUUAUCGAUACCCCGUGUGAGUCGACGGUCACUGC